CAAAUAUCGAUAUUGUCGCCGAUCAGGGGAUUUAAAGGUUCAUCAAUCGAAUCUCCGAUUUCUCGUGAGCAAUUAUUGCAAUGGUGCUUUCGCAGAAGAUUCAUGGAGCAUUCAAAGGUGCAGUGGAGAGGAUGACCGGUCCUCGAACGGUCUCAGCUUUCAAGGAGAAGGGGGUUCUCAGCGUCAGCGAGUUCGUUCUCGCCGGUGACAAUCUCGUCUCCAAGUGCCCUACCUGGUCAUGGGAAGCUGGUGAUUCAAGUAAGAGGAAGCCUUAUUUGCCAUCAGAGAAGCAGUUUUUGAUUACUAGGAAUGUGCCUUGUCUACGGAGAGCUGCUUCUGUGGCAGAGGAUUAUGAAGCUGCUGGAGGUGAAGUUUUGGUUGAUGAUGAAGAUAAUGAUGGUUGGCUUGCUACUCAUGGAAGACCUAAAGACAAAGGCAGUGAAGAUGAAGACUUGCCAUCCAUGGAUGCCUUGGAAAUAAACGAGAGAGAUACGGCUCAUCAGACGCCUAGGUGUGAUGGAGGCGAGGAGGAGGAAGAAGAUAUUCCAGACAUGGAAGAUUUUGAUGAGAUUGAUAAUGAUCCUGCAACUCUCCAGUCGAAUAUUCUUGUGGCUCAACAGCCAGAUGAUGAUAAUAUCCUUCGGACCAGAACAUAUGAUGUUAGCAUCACGUAUGACAAGUAUUACCAAACUCCCCGCGUUUGGCUAACCGGCUAUGAUGAGUCAAGGGUGUUACUGCAACCUGAACUUGUAAUGGAGGAUGUUAGUCAAGACCAUGCACGUAAAACGGUAACAAUAGAAGAUCAUCCACACUUACCUGGGAAACAUGCUUCAGUUCAUCCAUGUCGACAUGGAGCUGUUAUGAAGAAGAUCAUUGAUGUCUUAAUGUCUCGUGGAGUAGAGCCUGAAGUUGACAAGUACCUCUUCUUGUUCUUGAAGUUUAUGGCAUCAGUGAUUCCAACAAUCGAGUAUGAUUACACAAUGGACUUUGAUCUCGGUAGCUCAAGCACUUAAUUGCAGAUGGGACAACAUACAUUUGCUCUUGAUUGUGAGAAGCAAGAAAGUUAGUGGAAUGGCUCUUCACUGUGUAUAAUAUGGAUUCCUCUUUUUAUUUCUUUUAAAGUUAUUUCUUUUGUGACCAUAUAUUUUUAAUACUAUUAAUUAAAUGCAGUUAAAUGAUAA